AUGAAUAACAAGCGCCCUGAGGGUGCAUCCACAGAUGGUGUUCAGUAUCUAGGAGACAUGUCUAGUUUUCAAUUCUUUUCAAACAAGAUCAAAUUAGAUAACAACAAAGAUCCAAAAUGGGGUCGCCAUCUUAUCCGUAAGUUUGGCAAACAAGUCGUGUUGGUAGAAGACGACAAAGAAGACAAAGAAGACAAGCAGACUGAAAUACCAAAGCAACAAUUAUUACCUUAUGUCAAAUCCAUUCAUUAUUGGAUUUAUUCAGUCACUGGUGUAGAUCGACACACAAGUGAUCGCUUGCUUAAAAUUUAUUUUGCCAAUAUUCACCCUGUCUUGCCCGUUGUGAACAAAACUCGGUUUUUAAAACAGUACCGAGAUUUAGCAGACACUUAUCCGCCUUCUGAUCUAUUGAAUGCCAUGUUUGGUGCUGCAGCGCGGUUUGUAGAAUGCGAAGCUUUAUUGCAUAAAUCAAAAUCAAAUCGACCGGACGCUGUAUGGGAUGUGCCUAUUGGUUGGUCAGAUCAGUUUUUUGAACAAGCACAGACCAUCAUUACUGCCUCUGCAGCUACACCCAUGAUAUCCAAAGUGCAAGCUAUAAUCUUGAUCCAUAAUCACAGUGGUAACUUGGACUCAAAGUCGUCUGCCUGUUGGUUAUUGGGUGGUAUGGCUAUCCGAUUAGCUCAAGGCUUAGGUCUUAACCGAGAUUGUGAAGAAUGGGAUAUUCCAGAAAGUGAAAAGCAAACAAGAAAAAGGAUUUGGUGGUCUUUGUAUGUAGCAGAUCGAUUCCAUUCUGCUUCUUUAGGUAGGCCUAUCAGUAUUCGAGAUGAAGACAACGAUGUAGGCUAUCCUGAUUCUACUGCAAGUUGGACAGAAGUGUUAGACGAACCUGAUGAAGAAGAAGGAAAAGACGAUUUGCCUCGUUUCCCUUCUGCUAUGUGUAGACCAAAGCAAAUUGAAGGGCGUGUAGGCAUUUAUCAAUUGUUUAUCGAACUAGUUAAAUUAUCAGAAAUUUUGGGUAAAAUCUUGCAAGGCUUAUAUACACCAAAAGCAAAGAAAUUAGGUCUUGAACAAGGUAGUGAUACUAUUGUGACUCAAUUAGAUCAUCAAUUGACUGAGUGGCGAUUUGGGUUUCCUAAAGCACUUCAAAAAGCCAAUUUUGAAGAUUUUGAUGAAGACAAAGGCUAUUUAGCCCCAGUUACUGCUUCUGUAUUAUUGUGUUAUUUUAGUCUGUUGAUUCUAUUGCAUCGUCCAUUUAUUGAAGCUUCUGGUCAAGGUAAAAAGGCUCGUCCUUCCUAUUCCUCGUUUAGAAUUGGUACUAGUGCAGCCACACGCGGUAUCCGCAUUGCAUCUCCAAUGACCAUUCGAGACUUUUUAAUGUUUCCUUAUUCUUUCAGUCUGUAUCCUGUCUUACAAUGCUGUCUUAUUCAUAUGUACAAUACCAAGAAUCCAGAUAUUCGCAUUUCACAGCCUGCCAAGGUAGAUUUGACGAAAGGAAUGGCCUUGAUUUCAAGAUUGAGGACCAUGUCUAGUACGGCACAGAGACUCUAUCUACUACUCAAGACUAUCAUGGACAAUAAUGAAAUUGAAGUCAGUAGUGUUGCAACCUCUGACUUCGACGAAUCAGCACGUUCUAGAAACAAUAGUAUUGAUAGUUCUGCCAUUCCUUCUCGUAUAUCUGAUGUAGGCAGAGGGACCACUAUGGUCAGAAACACACUCCCUUCAUCCUCAAAACAACAUGCCGUCUUAUCAGGCAGAACAACACCGCCCAUCAUUUCACCUAAAGAACAGCACUAUCCCAUUCGAAACUUUCACCAAUCUCUUUCUGAAGUGAUGGCACCACCCAAUAUGGAUACAUCACUCUCUCAGUCUUCGGCACCUUCGCCUACAUCUAUUUCUGAAGCCUUUAGUCUUAAGCAGUUUGGAUUCAAUAGUACACUGGGUGAUUCCAAUCAGUUAGACUACACGCUUCAAAACAUCUCUAGUUUCUCAGACAUGAAUUCAUUCUCAUCUAUGCCCACUAUGUAUAGUUCACAACCCUUUCAUUUGCCUAUUCAAACAUCAAACGCAUUACCCAUUUUAAAUUCAUAUUCACCUUCUUCUCCUUUGCAUCCUUUACUUGAUAAUAACAAUGAAGGUCUUUUUAGAAACAACCCCAACAAUCCAUUCUUUGGCAUUCCUUCUUCUAUGGACUGGACAGAAUGGAAUGAAUACAACCAAAAUAAUCAUGGAAACAUGUCAUGGAAACCACUUUAA